AUUGAUACUGCUGAUGUUUAGCCCGUUUAUAUAAAGGCCCAUUACAGGCCCACAUAUUAAUCCAUUAUUGUCCCUAAGAGCUCUGUGUUUCGCUCAAGCGAGAGAGAAGAGAAAGAUGGCGAUGACGCAGUGGUGCGGCGCGAUGGCUCGGCGGAUGAUGCUGAUACAGCGUUUGCCUGCUUCGCUGUCUUGUUCGGUGAGGUUUUCUUCGAUUUCUCCGGCGUCGGCGUCGGAGAUGGAGGUUUGCGGGAGAGGGGACAAGAAGACGAAGAAGGGGAAGAGGUUCAAAGGGUCGUACGGGAAUGCGAGGGUGAAGAAGAAGAAGAUGAUCGAGCGUAUCAAGGACAAGGUCGAGGUUCCCAGGAUUCUUUCUCUUGGAUUGAAAGCGUACGAACUGUGGCCGAGCUCUAUUCUUUUUGGAUGAAUCGAAUCGGCCGAAGAAGGAUUGUAGUGUGUGGAUUGGGUUCUACCAUGUGGGUUAAGAGGGGAAUUUCAGGGUUUGGGAGUUCCAAAGUUUGACUCUUUUGGAGAUGGAUUCUCCUCUCUUCUCUUUUUGCAUUGUGUGAAUACUUGCUGCCAUUUUGCAUCAAGCCGUGGAUACAGUCAUUAUAUGAUCAUCUUUUAGUCUUUGUAAGCAAUCUCUGAAACGACAUUAUAAAAAAUAUGGUUUAUAUACUAUUUUGAUUUCAA